GUUGCUGAAGCGAAAAAUGUUAGUUGCAAACCAGUCGUUCGCUACGGAAAGGAGUUUCAAAGAAAGCCAAAUCACCAUGUCGACGACAAGAGAUCUUUCGGAAAGCCUGGACUUGCUUCAUCUCAUCAUGUCUGGCGGAAAUCGUGCGCCAUUGAAGAAGGAGUUGAUUACUGUGCUGGGAACAUUAGACGUUGUGGAUACCACGGUGUUUGUAUGAACACGGCCCAAAACGGUUACCAAUGUCAGUGUGAAUGCGAUCAUGAAGGAGCCAAUUGUUCAACAAAUCUUUCAAGGCAAUAUGUACAACGCAAUUACCAAGAACGUAUUGGCCAGACAUCUGCGCAUCUUGUAUGUGCCUGGAACAUCGCAUGAAACAAUGCAAUUCGAACUCUACGGUAUAUUCGGAGGAGGACCAUCUUUGAAAGUGAGCACAUCUCCCGGUUAUCCCGAUAAGAGGAUGGUCUUAUUCCAUCCACCGAUAUUCUCAGAUAACUCCCUUGUCAUCUUCACGGUUCGAGCCUCGCGUGAAGCGAUCCUUAUCUCUUGUCACCAUCCAUUCGGCCUCCAAAAGACGAACCACUCCAGUCGCUGUUCUGAAAUAUCAUUCUAUCGGGGUUGCCGUAGGAACGAAGUCUCUUUGAGGUUCUUCAACAAUACGAAGCGAGAUAAACCAGUAUCUUCCGAGACUCUUCGUUGGGAAACAGAUGUCGAAAAUGAAGACGAGCCGCAAAGAAUCUCGGUAUCUUGGAGGAAGCUUAAUAACAGUCAUGAAGAUAUUUCCUUGACACGAGGCAUGGAGGUCAUUUCAGUUUUUCGUGUUUGGGCUGGGCCGAGAACCCACUUGAGAUAUAUCGGGGUAUCCGAAAGGCCGCUUGGCGACAGUGCACCUACUACUGAUGAGGAGCUAGGGGAAGAGGCAAAAGAGGAAACUGAUGCUGUCAGUGCAGCUUUUGCUGCUGCUGCUGCUGCUGAUGAUGAUGAUGAUGACGGAGAGGAAGAGCAUGGGAGUGUUGGUGGCGAAAGGGAAGGUGAUGAUGUGGACGAUGGUGGUGCUGCCGCCGAUAAUGAUGAUAAUCGUGAUAAUGGUCAAGGUGGUGGUGAUGAUGGCGGCGGAUAUGGUGAUGAUGACGGGAAGAAAGAUCAUGACGGUGCUGCUGGCGACAAAGAAGGCGCCAAUGACGACGAUGGUGGUGCUGCCAGUGGUAACGGUGAUAAUGAUCGAAGUGGCGGUGAUGAUGUCGAUGGUUAUGAUGAUGACGGGGAGGAAGGUUACGGGUAUGCUGGUGAAGGCGACAAUGUCGACCAUGGUGAUGUUGACGCUGAUUACAGUGGGCAUGGUGGUGUUGGUGGUGAUGAUAGAAAUAAUGAUGAUGUCACUAACCCUGAUGUUUCUAACAAUGAUGGUGGUUAUGGUAACAGUGAAAUUGCUGCUGAUUCUGUUGUUGAUGAUGAUACUGGGUACCUUGAUGGUGAGCUUGCCUGCGAUGCUGAUGAUGUGACCACUUUUGAGACAAAUGACUGGGAAUUCGACUUUCCUGGGAUCUGCAUUUGCUGACGGUGCAACUUAAUCCACUGUAAUCAAGGACUUCAAGGACUUAAAUGCACACAUUUACUAUCAAUAAGAAUUUCCAGUAAUUGAUUCAAAUGCACUUUAAAUUAAAAACUGAGUAGACACGUAAGUCAUUUUAAUAUCUAGAAAGAAUGGUUAUUUGACAUGAUUAAAAUGUUCUGAAUCUGUAAACACGUUGGUCAUUUGACAUUGCAGAAAUAUAUAAUAAGUAUAGACAUUUUGGCCACCAUGCAUGCAUUGCCAGAAUAUUCAAAGUCUGGACAGUUUAGUCACUUACAUUACAAAACAUUCUAAGUGUUAUAUAGAUAUACAAUGUAUUGCCCUUUUGUAUUAUUACACUUGUCAUGCUUGUGGCAAUUUUCUCAGUGUGUUUUUGGUAAUUUCAAUUUUGAAAAUAGUCAAGUAUGGCCCAUUUGGUCAUAUUCUAUGUUCAGGCAGGUUUGUAAUAUCAUUGUAGG